AUGUCGUUCGGUGGCGGAUUCGGGGGCGGCUUCGGCUCGAACAACCAGCAGCAGUCAAGUGCGUUUGGUGGCUUUGGAGCAAGCACUAGCACCCCUUCAUCAGGCUUCGGAUCCAACCCCUCCGGCGGCUUUGGUGCGACUAGCAACACUGGCGGCGGCCUGUUUGGCAACACCACCCCUACUCCCAGCGGCUUUGGCUCAACAGCUGGAGGUUUUGGGUCAACCGCAAGUGGCUUUGGCAGCAAGCCUGCUUUCGGUUCGACGCCUGCCACCAACACUACUUCUGGUGGUCUUUUUGGAGGCUCCAGCACCCCCAGCACCGGUACGGGCUUUGGUGGGUUUGGUUCAAAUACCAAUACCACUACCCCCUCAGCGUUUGGUAGUAACACUGGCAGCGGCCUAUUCGGCAAUGCUAAUAAACCAGCAGGCGGUUUCGGCACUGCGAGCACACCUUCCCCUAUGUUUGGCGGCGGCAACACCACCUCCAAUACUGGCACAGGCUUUGGCGGCUUUGGCGCGACCAAUACCUUGGGCGGCGCAACUGGUGACCCCCCGGGCACCGCCGUCACUCCCUUCCAAGCGUUUACGGAAAAGGAGCCUAAUAGCAACACCAACCAGUCCAACGCCUUCCAGAACAUCUUGUUUCAAGAUCCUUAUAAGAAGUGGUCUGCUGAUGAGCUGAGAUUAGCAGACUACGCUCAGGGUAGACGGCACGGCAACCCCAGCGGUGCUGGCGCUUUUGGCGUGGGUUCGGGCUUUGGCGGUGGAUUCGGUAAUACCAACCAGACGAAUACUGCAACCGGUGGAUUUGGAGCCACGAACAAUGCUACAGGCGGAUUAUUUGGAUCGAACACCAACACAAAUACUGCAUCUGGCUUUGGUGGUGGAUUUGGUGCGAAUAACACUGCGGCUAGCAAUACUGGCGGUGGCCUUUUUGGCAACGCCAACAAACCGGCGACUGGAGGGCUCUUUGGUGCAAAUACUACGCAGAAUCAAGGCGGCGGCAUGUUUGGAAGUGGAAACACCACCACCGGCACUUCUGGCUUUGGAGCGACAAAUACCACUGGCGGUGGGCUCUUUGGCGGAGCCAAUAACGCUACUACUAACACCGGAGGACUGUUUGGCAGCAAUACUCAGAAUAAGCCUGCGAAUACUGGAUUCAGCUUCGGCAACAACACCAAUACGGCAUCAACAGGCUUCGGAAACACUAGCGGCGGCUUUGGCUCGGCUACGACUAAUACAACCGGCGGCGGCCUUUUUGGAAACGCCAAUGCUAAUACCAACGCCCAAACUGGUGGUGGCCUCUUUGGAAACAGCAAUCAACAGCAAUCCAAUACCUCAGGAGGCUUGUUUGGCCAAGCCCAAACCCAACAAUCAGGAGGUUUAUUUGGCAACCAGCAAAAACCAGCUACAGGAGGGCUUUUUGGUUCCACACCUGCAGCCGCCAACACCAACACUGGCGGUGGUCUCUUUGGUAACACCCAACAACAGGGAACGACGGGCUUGGGAGGUACAGCCACCGGAGGACUCUUUGGAGCUAAGCCAGCUGCUACCGGCGGCCUUUUCGGUGCCAGCACUGCCACGCCAGGCAAUACCGGAGGAGGGCUUUUUGGUGGCUCAGGAGCCAAUAUCCAGACUCAACAGUCCGCUGGAACAGGUCUGUUCGGAGCCGCUACGAAUCAGCAGAAGCCUGGCCUCUUCGGAGCUACAACCGCUGCCCCGAGCGGUGGACUAUUCGGCAAUACCGCAGCUCAAAACCAGGGUGGACUCUUUAGCAACGCCGGCAAUCAACAACAGCAGAGCAUUGGUCUCGGUAGCUCGUUGCUGGGUGGCGGCCAACAGGUUAAUAAUGCCCCCCAGGGCCUCACCGCGAAUCUGAGCGAUGUAUCGGCCUACGGCUCGCCAUCACUGUUCGCUGGGCUUGGUGGAAACGAGGUCCCGAACCCUGGUCCGCUCGCCGUUCCCCUGAGUGGACAACCGAAACCCAAGAGGCCCUCUAUUUUCCCCAUGUACAAAUUCACACCUGCGGCAUCAGGCCGUUUUGGUACACCUCAGAAGAGAGGAUUCGGUUUUUCAUACAGCACCUAUGGCACGCCCGCUGGAGCAAGCCCGUCUGGCCUCUCCGGUACCCCUAGCUCACUGGGUCGUAGCUUACUUGGCUCUACCCCCAGUGGAACUGCUCUCAGCAAGAGUGUGUCAUCCAGCAACCUCCGCCGUACUGUCAACACUGAUGACAGCAUCCUCUUACCUGGCGCAUUUUCGAAUACUAACAACACGCGUUGGUAUGGAAGCACGGGCUCCAAGAAGCUGGUUAUUAACCGCGAAUUGAGAAGCGACCUCUUUUCCACGCCAUUAAAGGACAAACAGAAUGGUGACAAUGGUACUGGGCCGCGAAAGCUGGCGAAACGUGUUAGCUUCGAUACGCACGUGGACGGAGAGGACUCCCCCCCGGUGCGUGCGGCUCUACCAGCCCCUGGCGAUGUCCCAAGCUCUCCUGCCGAGGAGACUCCUCGUCUGGACAAGGUUACGCCCAUGACGAACGGACUUCGAACCCCUGAAAUGGAGCACAUCAAAGGCAAGGAUAAGGAACUGGCAAUUGUUCCUGAAGAAGACAGCGCUACCCCUGAGCCCGAGGUCAACGGCUUUGACAACGCUCCAGGAAAGUACUGGAUGGAGCCUUCCCGUGAGGAGCUUCAGAAUAUGAACCGGAUCCAGCGACAGCGCAUUGACAACUUCACUGUUGGCCGAGAGAAUGUCGGCUCAAUUACUUUCAAAAUCCCUGUGGAUAUUAGCGGCAUCGACCUAGACGAGCUCUGCGGUGGCAUCAUCCAGCUGGAGCCUCGAUCUGCGACCGUCUACCCCAUUGCAGCGAAGAAGCCGCCUGUUGGCAAGGGCCUCAAUGUGCCCGCUAGGAUAUCAUUGGAGCAAUCCUGGCCUCGUGGUGGUCGUGAUAGGAGAGUCGCAAGUGAUCCUAAGCGCUUCAACAAACAUAUUGAGCGACUCAGGCGCAUCGUCGAUACUACAUUCGAAAGCUACGACGUGGACACUGGCGUUUGGACCUUUUCUGUUGAACAUUUCACGACUUAUGGACUGGAUGACUCCGAUGAGGAGACCGACUUUGACAUGACUCUCGACCCCCCCGCCGAAGAUUCACCACCUGUAGCAUUUCAUGCACCUACCUCUUCACAAAAUGAUGAUGAUGCGAUGGUGUUUUCCCAGUCGCACAUGUUGCCCGGCGCAUUCGAUGAGCAAGAAGGGCUGUUCGCAGCUGAGCUGACCAGACCGCAGUCUUUUUUAGGGGUUAGCUCCGCGGACUCUGCUACACAUGAUGUCAAGUUGUCUCUAGAAGAUGACCACAUCGCAGAGUAUGAAAUGUCCGAGGAUGAAGACAUGACGAGAUCUUCUAUCGGACAUCAUCUCGCCGCGGAGCAUGACGAUGCCUCGUCCGAGGGUGGCCAGGAUAUUAAGCGUGCAACUUCAACUCCUGGUGGCAUUCUCAGAGCUAGAAUGAGAGCUAUGAAGGACUCAGCUGGCCCCGUUAAGCUUGAAGUCGCAGAUGGCGACGAUUGGACAGAAAUGCUGAGGAAGACAGUCAGCCCGAUGAAGCGAGACCGCCAACUGGCCAAAGAACUGACUGGAUCUUCUGCUAAGCGUGGAGGUAAAACAGUUACGUUUGAUCUCGAUGAAGAAUCUGACUUGCGGAAGUCGUCCAUUUGGGGGCGGAGUGCCGCCAGGCCAGAUAGGAAGGAUGGACAUACGGUCGGCACUCAUAUUGGUAUGGAGCAAGGACGUGGAUUUGCAACGAGCAUCGACUUGAUGAAUUCCUUAUUUGAGAAGCCAAAGCCAAAGCCAAUGCGCAAGGAGUCUAAUGCUUCUCCAUCUGCAAAAGGUUUUCCCAAGUGGCCCUACGAGCGACAAGCAAAAGUCGUCGCGGCUGAAGAUGGCGAGCUCGCCUUUCAUAGCGCCUCGAGACCGACCUGGGGGCCAGAUGAGACUCUCGUUUUGAUUCGAUCCCUGGACGGCUCGCACUCCUGUCGGUCAAUUCGCGACAACACGGAUAUUCUGACUUUUCAGCGGUCCAGCAUUCGGACUGAGGAGCAAGAUGUCCGUCUAGCUACUUUUGCUGCUGAGUCAUCAAAGAAUUUCCUUUCGUCCCAGGACAUCGUGACCGAAAUCCGUAUGACAGAAGGAGUGCCAUAUGCUACCUUGCACACCACCAGCCUCAAGAGCGUGUUCCAUCAUAAGAACGUGAAUGAUGCCGCUAGCAUUCAUGAGAAACAGGUCUGGGAACUAGCCAGUAUCCUAUUCGACGAUUUAGACAGCCUGAACGCGACAGAGGAGGAACAUUUGGUGCGCAGGAACAAACUGUCCCAAUUUUGGUCCGACUUGGUUGAACAGGCUUCAUCGACAGCCAUCAGCAUGGCGGCUACUAGCGAAGAGAAGGCACUUGCAUGUCUCGCUGGUCACCGGAUCGCAGAGGCCUGCAAGUACCUUUUGGACGGCAAAAACUUCCGCCUCGCUACUCUGGUCCCCCUGAUCGGCACUAGCGAUGUCGCGAAGAGGGAAAUGCGAGAGCAGAUCAAGUCGUGGCUAGAUUCGAAGAUGCUAUCUGAGUUCUCCGAGGCUAUUCGUACGAUUUAUGAGCUUUUGAGUGGAAACGUCUGCGUCUGCGAAGGUCUUAAAGGCAUGCCUAACGAGGAUCGAGUUGAUUCAUUUGUCAUCUCCAAGAACUUUGGUCUAGAUUGGAGGCAAUCCUUUGGUCUGCGAUUAUGGUACGCCAUUUCAAACCAUGACGACUUGUCUGCCGCUGUUGAGGAAUACAAAGAUGAUAUCGACCAGGACAAGGAAGAUUUGCCUCGCCCUUGGUAUGUUGAACAAGGCGUUGCUCCUCUUUGGAACGAUGCGAACAUCGACACCCGCCAAGAUCUCUUAUGGGGCCUUCUCCAGCUAUAUGCCGACCGGGACGCCGACUUGGAAGCUAUCCUACGGCCAGAAAACUCACAGCUCUCUCCCCUUGACGCAAGGCUUAGAUGGCAGCUGGGUAUUGCCCUGACGUCCACUGGCAAGGUCUCCUAUGGCGCAAACGGGACUGAGAAGGCUGACGCUGCUACUAUUGCAUUUGCCGCUCAGUUAACCCGAGCUGGAGAGUGGCUGGAGGCUGCUUUUGUGCUCCUGCAUUUGCACCACACAGCAUCGCGCAAGAAGGCUUUGCAAGAGCACCUCUGCCAACACGCCAACCUGAUUGGGUCCGAAUCGGAUCUCGGUUUCGUAAUGCUCACAGAGAAGUAUCGCAUUCCCGCGGCGUGGAUCUGGGAGGCACUUGCGCUUUACAUGCGCUGCGUGAAGAAGGAUGCUGUGGCAGAAGUCCAGUGCCUUCUCCGAGCGGGAUCACAUGCCGAGGCUCAUCGUAUUCUGAUUCAACACGUUGCACCUCAAGCCAUUGUUGAACGUGACUACGCUGGUUUGUCUUCUCUCAUCUCACAAUUCCAAGAUCAGCAGCAAGGUAUCACAGAAUGGACUCAGGGUGGUGAGAUUUACGGCCACUUCCUUCAGCUUGUUGAGUGCCGCGAGAAAGGAGAAGUUGCGUCGCCUGCGCUACUCGACAGACUCCUUGCUGGUCUCAACGCAGUGAAGGAUAUUGGAGCAGAGAGCAACAUUACGCGAUAUGCUGCUAUUUCUGACAUGGCGGACGAAACUGCCAGGGAAAUUGUGAAGGCAACGCGACAGAAACAGGAUAUGGAACUCCGAUCCAGGAUUCUGAGCCUUCCACUUACACAGGACAGACUGCUCGCAUACUCGGUCGACUUGAGCUUGGAUCGUUACAGAGAAGUGAUGGCGCAUUGA